UUAAACUGGCGGUUUUAUGCUCUCAGCUCUUCUCUGUUUUUGCUGCUCGCAAAACUACCGUUAUUCCUCCUUCCUUCCUUCCAUCCUCUCUAACAGCCACAAUGGAUUCGCAGUCGCCACUGCUGAAGCUAGUAAUCGUGCAGGGGCCACGUGAAGGUGAAGCGUUAGAGUAUAAAUCCGGAUCCACGGUACGAAUCGGGCGGGUCGUCAAGGGGAACAACCUUACCAUAAAGGAUGCCGGCAUCUCCUGCAAGCAUAUCCAGAUUGGGUCCGAAUCAGGAAAAUGGCUCCUCCAAGAUCUCGGAUCCUCAAAUGGAACAAUCCUCAACUCCGCCGCUGUACCUCCUGACACUCCCUUCGAGCUCUGCAACGGUGACAUUAUUAAGCUCGGCGAGUUUACCUCCAUCCUCGUUGAGUUUCGCGAGCAUGACCAGCCUUGCAAGCCCCGGCGGAAUCCCCGGCGCCAUGGUCGUGAUUUGAAGGAAAGCACAGAGGGUAAGAAUGUGGAAAAAUUGCCGAGGAAGGGUAGGAUUUUGAAGGAAAGCACAGAGAGUGAGAAUGUGGAAAAAUUGACGAGGAAGGGUAGGGUUUUGAAGAGCGAGAUUGUUGAGGAUUUUGACAAAGUGGGAAAUCUGGAUGACCAAGUUGAGAAGAGAAUUAAUUCAAGACUUACGCGCAGCAGGAAGAUUGAGCUUGGUGAAGGUUUGAGUUUGGAUUGUGGAAAAUCGGGAAUUCACCCUAAGAACAGGCCUGGACGUGGGAGCAAGAGGAAGAAUUUACAGGAAGAGCCACCUGAGAGUACUCGAACUGAUGCCGUGGAUACAAAAGAGGGCCAUUUGGGCGAAGAAGCUCAAAUUGACGAGGAAGUUAAGGAGAAGAUGGAUGAUUUGAGGUUAGGAGGGGACUGUAAAGGGACUGCGAGUGGGAGCGGCCAUAAGCUCCGGGAUGGAGGUGAAUUUGAGGUUUACGAUACUGGUAAGGUAGAGGACAGUCCUAAUUGUGAGGCUAAGGAGACUAGUGAUAAGUUGGAGAACGAAGACAAUUGUAAUGUUCUGGAGAAUAGUGAUAAAGUGGAUAAGGGGAGUCGUUCUGCUGAAAAUGUUGAUGGGAGGGUGGGGGUGGAUUUGGAGAAGAUGACACUGGGAGAGUGGUUUGAUUACAUGGAGGUUAAUUUGCCAAAGCAGAUAAUUGAUUCCACGGAGGAGAUGAUUGAAGGGAUGAGAAGAAAAACGGAACGAGUUCGAGAGUACAUAAUAGAGCAGAAGAAGGGGAAAAUGCCUGUUGCCGUUGAUUAGACAGGAAAACUUCAGUUCUUACGAAAUCAGGCCUCUGAAUCUAGCUUGUCUCAGCUGAAAGAGUGCAUGUAAAGCUAAUUGUACAGAGCCAACUAUAUUUGAGGAUUAAA